AUGCACCUCCAAUCCAGCAUUUCUUUCCCCUUCCGUUGUCAACCCAUUUUCCUCUCCACAAUAUCACCACACCACGAUGGCGCUUAUUGUUGACAAGCACAGGCCGAGGUCUCUCGAUGCCCUCACCUAUCAUACCGAAUUGUCGGAGAGGUUACGGUCACUUGCGCAAAGCGGUGACUUUCCCCACCUCCUCGUCUACGGUCCUUCCGGCGCAGGAAAGAAGACGCGAAUUGUUGCUACCCUCAAGGAGUUGUACGGCCCAGGUGUAGAGAAGAUCAAGAUCGACGCCCGUGUUUUCCAAACCAGCAGCAACCGCAAGCUCGAGUUCAACAUUGUCGCAUCAGUGUACCACCUCGAAAUCACCCCGUCCGAUGUCGGAAACUACGACCGAGUAGUGGUCCAGGACCUCCUCAAGGAGGUGGCGCAAACACAACAAGUAGAUCUGUCGGCGAAGCAGAGGUUCAAGGUGGUGGUCAUCAACGAGGCCGACCACCUCACCAGAGACGCCCAGGCCGCCCUCCGUCGGACCAUGGAGAAAUACUCGCCCAACCUGCGCCUCAUCCUCCUCGCCAAUUCGACAGCCAACAUUAUCGCACCCAUCCGAUCGCGAUGCCUGCUGGUGCGGGUAGCGGCUCCGACACACAAAGAGAUCUGUGACGUCCUUGCUUCAUCGGCGAAGAAGGAGGGUUGGCCGAUUGUCAAGGGUCUACACCAGAGGAUCGCUGAGGAAAGCGGAAGGAAUCUUCGCAGAGCGCUGUUGAUGUACGAGGCGGUAUAUGCGCAAAAUGAGAAAGUCACAGAUAGUACGCCCAUACCACCCCCGGACUGGGAGGCUCUCAUCGGGCAAAUCGCCAAGGAGAUUAUGGAGGAGCAUACGCCAGCACGCAUCCUCCAAGUCCGAGCGAAGCUUUACGACCUUUUGACGCACUGUAUCCCCGCGACGAUCAUCCUGAAGACGCUCACAUUCAAACUGAUCCCCCUGAUCGACGACGCACUGAAAGCGGAUGUAAUCUACUGGUCGGCCUUCUAUGAACAUCGCAUCAGGACGGGUACCAAGGUGAUUUUCCAUCUGGAGGCGUUUGUGGCCAAGUUUAUGAGGAUAUUCGAGAUGUAUCUGAUGAGCAUGGACUUGUGAUUUGGGGUCUCUGUUUCCGUUUCAAAAUGGGCAUUUUGGCGUUUGGGGAAGGCAGGGGGGGGGCAUUGGCGUCGUGUAACCAGCUCGAAUUAGUGGGAUUUAUUUGGCGAAUUAUGACGGUUCUUGCACACCCACAAGUGUCAGGCAAUAACAGGGACUUUACUCUGGUCAAGUGUAGUGUAUUGAAGUGUACAUUGUAAGCUCAAG